CUCUGUAAAUUCUUGAUUUUUUUGUAUACUGUCUGUAAAUACUACUUUAAUUCAAUGUUAUAAUAUUAUGGUACCUCUAGUUAAUCCUGCAGCUGAUGUACUCGUAUCUGGUGUAUAUAUAAUCUGCUAAAACUGUCUUUCUUUCUCUCCCCAGCUCACAUUCUCAGUCUAGCGAGCUGGCAUUUUCCAAGAUUCUAGUGUAAUAAGAAGCCCUUUUCCUUUAAUUUGUUUUCCUGGGAGCACUUCUCUCAUUUUGCGGCUAACCCAACCAAUCUGCUUCUAACAUGUCCUCCAAAUCCAAAUCUGCUCUGGCUGAAACUCCCAACAAUAAACCAGCAAAUGCAACGCCUCGGGCCAGUAAAGCGAGCAGAGAUGCAGCUGCUAAAUCUGAUACUGGUUCGCCCUCACCUUUGCAGGCCACGUGUUCUGUUGACAAGUCUCCAAGAUCUGUUGUUUCUAAGCCAUCCAUGGAGCGACGUGUCUCCAAGAUUGGUACCCCGCCUGAUAAAAAGCCCACGCGGAUCCUGAAGCCAUCAGAGAUACAGGCGGAACUAAAUAUUGCCCACGAGGAUCUUAAGAAGGCGAAGGAGAAGUUAGCUUUGGUUGAGAAAGAGAAGUCACAGGCUCUGGAUGAUUUGAAGGAAGCCCAGAUAUUGGCUGAGGAAGCGAGCGAGAAGCUCAGAGAGGCUUUGAUGGCGCAAAAAUGGGCAGAAGAGAGUUCUGAGAUUGAAAAGUUCCGCGCUGUUGAGAUGGAGCAGGCGGGCAUUGAAGCAGCUCAGAAGAAGGAAGAGGAGUGGCAUAAAGAGAUCGAGGCUGUGAGGAGCCAGCACGCGUUGGACGUGGCUGCUCUUCUCUCGGCCUCUCAGGAACUGCAACGGGCAAAGGACGAGCUCGCCAUGACUAGUGAUGCUAAGAACCAGGCGCUCAGCCAUGCCGAGGAUGCCACUAAGAUUGCAGAGAUUCAUGUGGAGAAAGUGGAAAUUCUUUCUGCUGAACUGGCCCGCGUGAAAUCUCUGCUCGAUUCCCAGAUAGCGACCGAGGCUAACGAGAAGAACAAGCUCGUGGAGGAGAUGAAUCUCGAGAUAGAGACUCUGAAACAAGAGUUCGAGAAAGCCAAAACUUUUGAGAUGGAAGUGAUGGAGAAAGAGGCUAUUUUAGAGCAACUUAAUGUUGAACUAGAGGCUGCAAGAAUGGCUGAAUCAUAUGCACAUAAUCUAGUGGAGGAAUGGAAGAACCGAGUCGAGGAAUUAGAGGCCCAGACUGCAGAAGCACAUCGAAACGAGAGGUCUGCAUCAGAAUCUCUCGAAUCAGCAAUGAAACAACUCGAAGGUAGCAAUGAUUCGCUGCACGAUGCAAAAUCCGAGAUUUCAUCUCUCAAGGAGAAGGUAGGCCUUUUGGAGAUCUCGAUUGCCAGGCAGAAAGUGGAUCUCGAGGAAUCAGACCGCAAUCUUAAGAUGGCAAAGGAAGAGGCCUCUGAAAUGACAAAUAAGGUUGAAUCCCUCAGCUCUGAUCUGGAAACUGCAAAAGAGGAGAAAAUACAGGCUUUAAGCAAUGAAAAACUUGCAGCUGAGAGUGUACAGAAGUUGUUGGAAGAAAAACACAAAUUUCUGGGCGAAUUGGAAAGUUCUAAGGCGGAAGAAGAGAAAAACAAGAAGGCAAUGGAAAAUUUGGCCUCCGAUUUGCACGAAGUUUCUUUGGAAGCAAGAGAAGCCAAAGAGAAUUUGAUAUCUAUCCAAGCCAAAAAUGAAAACUACGACUCGCAGAUAGAAGAUCUGAAGCUGGAUCUGAAAGCCACAAACGAGAAGUAUGAGAGAAUACUCGAUGAUGCAAAACACGAAAUUAAUCUUCUCACCAAGUCAGUUGAACAAUCUAAACAAGACUACCAGGCGUUGAAGACCGGGUGGGAGGAAAAGGAGCUUAGUUUGAUGAAUCGCGCCAAGAAAACCGAGGAAAAGAAUGCCUCAAUGGACAAGGAAAUAAGCAGACUGGUAACUUUAUUGCAAGAGGCACAGGAAGAAGCUUAUACUAGGAAGGAGAAUGUUGCUCAUCUGAAUAGUUCACUGAAGGAAGUGGAAUCCGAGGUUAUUUAUCUACAGGAGGUUCUCGGUGAAGCAAAGGCCGAGAGCAUGAAGAUGAAGGAAUCGUUAAUUGACAAAGAGAACGAGCUGCAAAAUGUUACACACGAGAACGAUGAACUUCGGAGUAGAGAGGCUGCAUCUUUACAGAAGGUUGAGGAGUUGUCGAAAAUGCUCGAAGAAGCAUUAAGCAAGAAGCAAGCUGAGGAAAACGGGGAGCUAACAGACAGUGAAAAAGAUUACGAUAUGCUCCCUAAGGUGGUCGAGUUUUCUGAACAAAACGGUGGCAGAGAAGAGCAGAAGCCCAAGGUCGAGCUCCCUUUCCCACCUCUUCAACCCGAGCAAUCUGUAAAAGAAGAACCUCAAGAAACGAAUAACGCCUCUGCUGAUGAAGCCCGAGGGUGUAGUACAAAUGAAGCUGGAGAAGUGGACAGUAAAGCUACAGAAACCGAGAACAAAGAAAAGGAUGACAAUGCAUCUGCAGAUGGCGAGUUUAAAAUGUGGGAAACCUGCAAGAUUGACGAGAAAGACUUCUCCCCAGAGCGAGUGCCCGAGCAGGAAGAGGAACUGGAAACAAAACCAGAUGCCAGCGAGAACCACGACCAACCAAACGGUCUCUCUUCAACAGAAAACGACGAAAAUGGGAACACUUCCCCAUCAAAGCAGCAAAGUCAGAAAAAGAAGAAACCUUUGCUAAGUAAAUUCGGAAGCUUGCUUAAGAAGAAGGGCACAGGCACUCCAAAGCAAUAGAACCUAUUCAAUGCCUGACCCUUAGAGAUGCAUUUGCUUCCUGAUUCUUCGCGCUUCAUUCUUUUCUCUGCUUUCUUUUCUAGCAUGUAUCAUUGUUUAGUACUGAUUUUUUCUUCGGCCUAUUGCUCAGUUUCCGAGGAUAUGUUUCUCAAUGUGAUAUGUAAUGUUGGUGAAUAUUCUUGGUGUUUGAUCAUUCUUGGACAUGUUUUUGUCACCCCUUCAUGUAUAAAACUCAAAAAGUUCAUAUUGAAGUAUGAAUUUGACUAAAAAGUUGUGCUAA